CUCAUUCUUGCUGACUUCACUUAGUAUGACAAUCUCCAGGUCCAUCCAUAUUGCUGCCAAGUGGCAUUAUUUUAUUUGCAGGUGACUUACUUUUUUUAUAAAUUUUGUAAUAACCUGGUUUAUCCAAUCAGUUGCUAUUUAUUGAGUGCUUGCUAUGUGCAAGGCAGGCAGCAGUGAAAAAAAUGACAAAAAUCUCUGCCCUUGUAUAGUUAAUAUUCUAGUCAGUAGAGCUUGGGGAGAGACAAAAUAACCAAAAUAAAUAUGUGUUAGAAGAUCUUAAGGACAAAAGAGAAAAGCAAAGCAGGGAAGGGGAGAGUGGCUGUGUUAAUGCACUUGGGCAGAGCUCCCUGAGAAGGUGACACUUGAGAUAAGGGAGAGUGCCACAUGUGUAUCGGGGAGCAGCAGGUGCAGAUGACUAUGGGUUAGAUCAGGGGUCUGCAAACUCAGACCUGCGGCCUGUUUUAUACUGCAGUUUUAUUGGAACACAGCCACACGCGUUCACUCACACAUUGUGGCUGCUUUUGUGCUACAACCGCAGAGUUGAGUCAUUGCAAUAAAUACUGUAUGGCUUGCAAAGCUGGAAAUGAGUAUUGAUUUUCUGGCUCUUUACAGGAAAAGUUUGCCGACCUCUGGGCUAGAGGAUCCCAAGAAGAGCAGUGUGGCUGCAGUGGAGAGAGCAAGCGACAGUCUGUGAGAUGGGAGGAGCGAGGGGCGGGGGAGGGAGUGCGCACCUCAUGGGCCCUGGCUGGGACUGUGGCUCUGACUCGCUGUGAGGUCAGACAGUACUAGAGAGCCUUGAGCAGAGAGCUGACACCAUCUGAUUUAGAUAUUAGCAGGACCGAUUACUGCUACGGUGACCGAUUACUGCCAAGCACUUCUAUCCCAUUUGUUCUUAAGGGCAACCUGCAGAGGAAUAAUUUUGGACACACAUUUGUGCACAUACUCCUCCUUCAUCCAAGUCAUUGGGGUUGACAAUGAAAUUAGACCUUAAAUUCCCACUGAUGAGAGCAUUCAGGUUCUCAGAUGCAUAGCUCACCCAAGAAUAUCCAGCAAACUGUGCCUAUCCAUGUCACCAAUCCCUCAACUACUUGUGCUCUUCUUAAUUCUGCCAGAAAACUUCCUCAGCCCUGGUUGUUUCUCUUCCCCUAUUUCUCCUGUUUCUUUGUGAACCACCAAAGCCCAUAUCUGCCCUUUAUUUUGAGGGGGGCCAGUUUGGCAUGGAGGACCCUAUGGGAACCUGAUGAAUUUGAUCGUUCUGGAUGACAGGCCAUCUCUCUUUCCUUGGGCAGAGGAAAGGGAUUCAUCCUUCCCUCUCCCUCACUCCCCACAUCUAAUCUAAUCAUCUGAUGUAAAUAAAUGUAACGCUUGAGGCUAGAGACGUCAUGAGAGCAUAUGAGAAAGGAUCUCAAAUGCUAGAAUAAGAGCUUGGAUUGAAUUGAGGAUAGUUGAGAACCAACCAAUUAAACUCUACUAUCUAUAUUUCUUUAGAAGCCGUCCCUUCCUCUCUUCCACAUCACACCCCUAGCUUGGGCCAUCUUCAAGUCUUACAAGAAUUUCUUCAGUGUCCUCCUUUCAGGUCUCAGAGUCUUGUCUCUCUGUAUUAUAGCUAAACACAAAUCUUUGUAAGAUUGGGGCCUAGAAGCCAAAUCUGAUCACUCCCCUGCUUAAAGGCUUCAUUGGUUCCCCAGCUGUCGUCAGUUUAUUCCAAGCUCUUACCUGUAGCAUUUGAGGCCCUCCCUUCUUGGCUUCAUGACCUCUCUAGCCUCAUCUAUUUUUCCAAACACCUUAACUCCUGGAAGCUCCCCCCCAAACCCCAUGCAUCCCUCUGAGCCUUUGCUCGGGCUGUGCUCCCUGCUUAGGAUGCCUUUCCCUCGUCUCAGCUACUUGACAAAUACGUGUGGAUCUUUCAGUACUCCACUUGGGCUUCGUGUCUCUGGAGAACCUUCAGACUCCCUCCCACCUUUGUGCAGUUCGGUUCUCCCAGUAGACAUCCACCUGAAAAUUCUGCGUCCAUUUGUCUUCUUCCCAACUAGACUGGGCACUGCUUGUGGCCAGGUUUCUGUUGUUAGAGCCCUCACACUCUUUAAGGCGCAUUGGAGUUGGAUGAACUUGGGUUAAAGUACAGACACUCCGAGAGCUGUUUGUUUUGGGGCAACUCAUUUGCAUUCUGAGCCUUGAUUUCCUCAGUUCUGCCUACCUCCCAGGAUUCUGAAGUACCAUGUGGGGUGCCUGGUACAAUGCUUGGCUUACUGUAGGGGCUCAGAUAUUUAUCACCCUCUCAGCCAAGAAGCUGAGGAGGAAAAGGUGUCCAGCUAGUGAAUGGGGGGAUUAGAAGCGAGGUUGUAAGGGGAGGGAGCAGAAACCUCUGAGACCCAAGUGUGUUUGGAUUUCCAAAACUGUGCUGGCCACCUGAUCUGUCCUAGAGCAAAGUCGAGUUAGGUGGAUGGGGGUGGGGGGGUGUGACAGGCAAGAGCCUGCCAAGACCAAGCCCUCCCCAGGCUGACAGAAUGGACCAGCCCUCAGUGACAUCACAAUCCCAAGGGGUUGCCAAUGCAGUGCUGGAGAUGGACCCUCUUAUUUCUCCCCACGAAGCUCUAGGAUGUGGAUGUGAGAAAGGGGAGCAAGGCAGGCAGAUGGCGACGAGGAACAGCCCUAGCCCCAUGCCUAUGGGCACAGCUCAGGGUGACCCUGGAGAGGCAGGCCCACUGCCAGGUCCUGCUGCUGGCAUCCGGGACGCAAGUUCGGCCACUCAGCUGAAGAUGAAGCCCAAGAAGGUGCGCAAGAUCAAGGCACUCAUCAUUGACCUGGGCUCCCAGUACUGUAAGUGUGGCUAUGCAGGCGAGCCGAGGCCCACCUACUUCAUCUCCUCCACUGUGGGCAAGCGCUGCUCCGAGGCAGCUGACGCAGGUGACACUCGCAAGGAGACCUACGUGGGCCACGAGCUGCUCAACAUGGAGGCGCCUCUGAAGCUGAUUAACCCGCUAAAGCAUGGCAUUGUGGUGGACUGGGACUGUGUCCAGAGCAUCUGGGAGUACAUCUUCCACACGGCCAUGAAGAUCCUCCCUGAGGAGCAUGCUGUGCUGGUCUCCGACUCCCCGCUCAGCCCCAGCAGCAACCGGGAGAAGUACGCGGAGCUCAUGUUCGAGACCUUUGGUAUCCCUGCCAUGCACGUGACGUCGCAGUCGUUGCUGUCCAUCUACUCCUACGGCAAGACCUCUGGGCUGGUGGUGGAGAGUGGGCAUGGUGUCUCGCACGUGGUGCCAAUCUCGGAAGGGGACGUGCUGCCAGGCCUGACGAGUCGCGCCGACUACGCUGGUGGUGAGCUCACCAACUACCUGCUGCAGCUGCUCAAUGAGGCCGGCCACAAGUUCACAGCCAACCACCUGCACAUCAUCGAGCACAUCAAGAAGAAGUGCUGCUACUCGGCACUCAAGCCCGAGGAGGAGCUUGGCCUGUCCUUGGAGGAGCUGCGUGUGGACUACGAGCUCCCAGAUGGCAAGCUCAUUACCAUCGGCCAGGAGCGCUUCCAGUGUGCCGAGAUGCUCUUCAAGCCCACCCUGGUGGGCAGCAACCAGCCCAGUCUCCCCGCGCUCACAGCCGCUUGCCUGGACCGCUGCCAGGAAGCGGGCUUCAGGGAGGAGAUGGCCGCCAGCGUGCUGCUGUGUGGCGGCUGCACCAUGCUGGAUGGCUUCCCGGAGCGCUUCCAGAGGGAGCUGAGCCUCCUCUGCCCUGGGGACAGCCCCAAGGUGGCUGCUGCUCCUGAGAGGAAGACCUCCGUGUGGACCGGCGGCUCCAUCCUAGCCUCCCUGCAGGCCUUCCAGCAGCUCUGGGUCAGCAAGGAAGAGUUUGAGGAGCGGGGCAGUGCAGCCAUCUAUAGCAAGUGCUGAGCGGCGGUGUCCUGUUGGGCCACUCUGUACACAUUAACAGAAUUUCACAUAAAAUUUUAAGGUGCGAUGGCUCCUGUCUAGUCUGGAUUUCUUGCUGUAGACUGAUAGCAGAAGCGGUGGGGAGUUGGGCUUAGACAGAUCAGCACCUUGUGCUCUUCGAGGUCAGGAACAGCAGGGAGGUGAGGAGGCUCACUGGCUCCUCUCUCUCUGCUCCUCUCGUGGGGGUGAUGUCAUUGUAGAGCCCAGUGUAGCCUCCUGUUCCAUUAGCUCUUUGGAGUUCAAAACCCAAUCCAACAGACACAUUGCUUGCUCACCCAUGGACCAAGGGGUAAACAGGCUCAGAUUAAAGGACUAGCAAGGCUAAGAUUAAGGGACUAGUGUGGGUCACAUAGUUAAAUGGUAGGUAGGAGGCUCAACUUAAUGUCUGAUUUCCGUCUCCUGUUUCUGCCCCUGAUGGUCUCCUGCCCACAGUCUCAUCACUCUUUGACCACCUCACUAACCACCCCUCACAAUGCCUGCCCCCUUCAAAGGUACAGCCAUGAAUGUUAGGGGCCAUUUCUACCCAUCAGUUGCUCUCCUCCUUUAAUCCCCUGACAAAAUUGUAGCCAUUUUUACAGAGCCACAAAGAACCACUGAAUCUGGAGGAUGCUGGAGGAAGCGGAAAGUCCUUUAGGUUCUCUCCCUCCUGUAGGGGUGGGGAAACUGGGGACCAGGAUGGAGGGGGCCAUGUCAGUGGUUGAGCCCAGGUCUCCUGGCCUAGGUCAUGAUUAUUUACAGAGGGGUACACAUGGUUGCUUUAGUUGAGGCUGCUGAAGCAAGAUACCACAGACCGGGUGGCCUAUAAACAACAAAAAUUUAUUUCUUACAGUUCUGGAGGCUGGAAGUCCAAGAUCAGGGUGCCAGCAUGCCCAGGUUCUGGUGAAGGCCCUCUUCCGGGUUGCAAACUGCUGACAUUUUCCUGUGUUCUGACACGGUGGAAGGGAUGAGGGGUAUCUCUGGGGCCUCUUUUAUAAAGGCAGUGAUCCCAUCUAUGAGAGCUCUGCACUUCCAAAGAUCACCACCCAAAGGUCCCAUUACCUUGGGCAUUAGGUUUUCAACAUAUGAAUUUGGAGGCAGGGGUCAGGGACUACAGGAGGUGGAAGCAAACAUUCAAUCUAGCAACCAUUAAGCACUUGGAAGACAUCUACUACGGGUCAGCACAGAACUGGAGACUUGAGAGAUGACCAGCAUGUAGCCCUUCCCUCAGGAUCACACGCAGCUAGGGGAGGAUCCAGUGGACAGCCACAUUAGUCAGGAGACAAGGCCUCAGGGUUCCUGGGGGUAGGAACGUGGAGGUGGUGUAUUGGAAAGUUGUAAAUGGAGAAGAGCUAGGCGUGGUGGCCAUUUUGUGGCUUUGGGGCUGAAGGAGAAGCUGUCAAGUCUUUUGAGAUUUCAGCUGGUAAACGAUUGUCUGCCUAGAAGAAGGUCUUUCCUGCCUCUUCUCCUAUCCCCACCUCCUAAUGGGGCCCAUGAGUUGUUGUCUGUGGGAUCAGACAUUGGUGAGCUGUGUAAUCUGAUGGGCUAUCACAUAUCCCUGAGCCAAAGAGUCCUGAUUUGAGGGCAUUCUGUGAGGCUGCCUCUGUCCUGGGCCCUGUGCUGGGGGUUGCAGCCUUGGGAAAGAACCAAACAUGGUCUUUAUCACCUAAAAUGCCUUGCCAUCUAGUCCUUCCUUGUUGCCUAGAAUUGGGCUUCUAGCCUGGGGUUUGAGUCCCUCUGGGGCUGGCAGGGCCUUGGUGCUAUGCAGGAGCCUGGGUUCUUUCCCACGGAGACAGUUGCAGACUGGAGGCCUGGGGGCUGUUGGUGCCAGUGGGCAAAUUUCAUUUGGCCAGCACAGUGUAUACAUUUUUUUCUGGAAUGUGAAUUCUUUCAGUGGGGUCUACAUUCUUAUGUUGUCAAAGUUUCUACUGACCUGAUGUCUUCAUAUAUACUGCUGCUUCAACCUAACUUUUGCUUAAUUAGCCAGCAUCAUUUCUGUUGCUUGCAACCCAAAGACCUUCACUUAAUGCUAAUACUAAAAGCCUGAUGAGAUACAGAGAGGGAAAUAGAGGAGAAAAUUAUGUGCCCAGAUCACACAGGCCGUAAAUUAGUGCUGCAUGUGAAUAGUACCACUUGCUGAUCUUGAAGACCUCUGAAAAACUAUGCCUGUGUCUGCCUCCCCACCACUGAAAUCUUUUCUUCCUCACUCUCCACAUCCUCAGCAGUUUCUCCUGUCUCCACAGUCACAGCUUCUGAGCCCUCGUCACCUGGUCAUCUCCAAAAGCAUGCCCUGUUUGGCAGGUGCUGUGAAGACAUGAAUCACUUAAUCUCUGAUGAACUUAUUUAAGCCAACCACAGGCAUGAGAGGAGAUUUAAUUUUGGUAGAAAAAUAUGGGUCAGUGACUUUCAGCUUAAGAUGUCUAACCACGUGUUUUUAUCUCCUCAUCCUCCUAAGCUUCACUAAAGUGAUGGUAGAGGAAUACAGAUGUAUGAUCCACUGUAAAUGAGGAUAGUAGGGGCACUGCAGGAAGCUAGAGAUUUCUACUUGAUUCUGGAAGAAAGGAAGUGGAUGCAGGAAGGCUGCAGUCUGAAAUGUGCAAAGGGCAACCUACUGUCUUGCAGGAUGGAAAAAGUUUUGAGACUUGGAAAUGCUAAGUAGGGGAGGAAUAGGACUGAAGUGUGUGAGGAAGUACAGGAUAGAGGAAGGGAUAGCAACUAAUGGUCUCUGUCUGAGAUCACAGCCCCCUCCCACUCUCCACAGGUAGAGGAGUGAGCAGAAUGGCCAGCUUCUAAGUGUAUAUUUCUCGGGCAGAAAAACUGAAGAAUUCUCUCUAUGAUGACAGUGCUAGUACAGGAAGAGGAGGAGAGGAGUGUUUGAAGAGCAGGUCAUGAACCCUACCUGUAGCCCCUGUCCCUCCCCCAAAGCACGAGUCACACUCAGGUCUACCCAACAUUCCCGAGAUGCAACCCAUAGUUGAUGCCUCCAUUUCCCCCUCAUCCCUCAGCCACAACUCCCAGUUUCUAUGUGGACAUCAGGUGUGACCCAGGGCUGACUCCUUCCCUACUCUAGCACCAACCAUGGAGCCUGUGACCUAGGCUAAGCCAAUCAGACCAGUCCAUCUGCCUGGCCACAAUGAUUGACUGGGAGUGAGCGUGUGACCUCAGUUGUCCAUCUGUCCAUGUCCCCACCCCACAGAGUGACACACAGGCCUUUUGCUUGGAAGGUUGACUUGAGAUUGGGGAGUGGUGCUGCUGUGGCAAUGUUGUCACCAGGAAGGAAGCCACCUUGAAGCUGACCCACCAAGGAGUGUGGAACUCAGAGAAUCUCAGAAAGAGCUGGUUGCCCUGUUGACAGAGUGACCUCCUAGUGAAACCAUGCCCAGAGGGACCUCUGCCAUCAGACUUGUUUCCGUGAGCCGAUGUGUUCAUGCUCAUCCCUCUGGUGGAGUGUGUGUGUCUGCUACACGCAUUCUGAGAACAUUCUAACUGUUUCUAUUUCCUUCUCAACCAUGGUGUUCCUCCAGAGCAGUUUGCAUGGAGGAGGGGCCAGGGUUGGAGAGGCCUCUUAGAACUGAAAUAUUGACUGACAGUUAAUUUAUUUCCCAACAAAAAAGCUACUACACUUGAAGAAAUUUUGUCAAGGUAUUAGAGAAUGUCAGAUAACAUACACACUGAAGUGUGGAAACCUGUGUGUCUACUGGCCACUCUCCCAUAUUCUCCUUUUUGGUUAUUUGUCUCUGAGGUUAGACUUCAGCUUCAUAGGGGCAAGAACUUCAACUUCUUCAUCCUGGUUUUCUCUGGGCCCAGUGCAGAGUUUGGCACAGGGUGGGCGUUUAGUGCAUGCCAACUGAAAUGACUUACUCCCAGGCUGUGAGAUGGAAGUUACAAGUAUUUUUCUGCAUUUUCCAGAUGAGGACUGUGAGGCUGGGGGAGGUUUGAGUCUUGUUCAAGUGUCCCAGGCUAGUAUACCGAAGUCUUGUGCUAUAUCAAAGUUUUGUGAUUCCAGAAUGCCUCUGCCCUGUCUUCUACCUUUCUGCAAAUUAUCAAUCUCUCUUAUGAGAAAAAAAGACAUGUAAGAGAUUGCUUUCAAGUAAUGAACCACAAAUAUGAUGUCACUUCAUAAUAAUGAAAGUUAAGAAUGCCAGUCUUUUAACAACAGAGACGACUCUUCCCUGAGAUUUCCAUAGACAUAAAUAAGCGAGUAUUAGAGUGACAUCUUGUGGUGAUGUCCUACUGUUUAGACAUGGCAAGAAGCCUGUUGUCCUCACUGACUGUCUGGGCAGCCUGAUCUCUGUCCAAGUGUACUACCGAGUUUGCUCCAAGAGUUAUCUGCAUGAGGUGGCUUUAAGCAGUUAGCUGCUACAAUACAAACCAUUAAUGGUGUUCUAUUUUAUAAAUGUUUUUUGUUUAUGAUCCUAUAUUUUCUUGUAAUUUAGUGGUUCUUAACCAGUGGGGAAAAGGAGUGUGGGGUCUUGGUUAUACUAGAGUUAUCUCUUAAUGGCUUGUGAGAGCCCAUUGUUAACUAUUCAGCAAUUUUGCAAGUGAUUUGUUAAACCUUGUUAGUAGCUUGAAAUUGGCCAUGGUGGAAGUUUUACGCCCCCUGCAGAAAUCAGCUAGUCUUGCAAAUCAGGUUUGUUUUUUUUGCUCCCAGAGAGUUUGUUUAAAGAGGGGGAGCAAAAAGUUGUGAGAGAAAUGGUGGGCAGCAAAAUCAUCUAGGGAGCUAGUUCCCAGAAGUCAAAAAACAAAACCAAACCCAUGUGGCCCUUUCCCCUGGGAAGGUCUGACGCUGUAGAUCUGGGGAAACACCUAGGAAUCUACAAUUGAAAAGUUCCUCAGGUGAUUCUAAUAGACACCGCAGUGAAGAGGCUGCUCAGAAGAGUGCACGGCACACAUGCAGCACAGUGUAGAUGUUCAGAAAUAAUGCAGAAGCAGUGGCCUAGAGUGGGACCAGCUGAAGGAGCUGGGUGACGAAUGUUGAUGAAAAAUUAAUCAAUAGGCAAUCUAAGAAAGAAAUGGAAAAUUUCAUUCGAGCCAACCUGAGGAUUAUAUCUGGGAGAAGUAGUCUUUCAGAAGUCUCUGAGGACUGUUGUGCCUAUUAGCGGUCAAAGUACAGUUAUGUACUUGUUUGAGACAAGGGUUAUGCAUCAGAGUAGCACAUUGACAGUUUACAUAGUCGAACAAGGUGAGUAGUGAGUCAUCGUGUCUCCUUACGGGAUUGAGAAAGGAAUGUCAUUUCCUAAAAGAAACCUUGCUGGUGCCAGGAGGAAAUUGCUUUUUUUCCUUCCGGGGCGGGGAACGAGUAAGCAUUCCUCUGAGGGGGUCUAGUUAAUGGAUAACGCAGAGCACAUUGCACACUAAAGAGGGGGGAUAGUUACUUAAACAGCAGAGAUAAUUUUAUGUUAGAUUUUCCUUGUCCUACCUUAAAAAUACUUUUGUUUCAUCAUGAAGAUGUCGCUCUGUAGGGUCAGAACGUCUUUCACCACCUGUCCAAGCUCACUCACCUUCAAGGCACAGCCCGAGUGUCCACUCCUCUGGAAGGCAUUUCUCCCCUUCCCCUUCGCACUGCUGUGGCUUUGCACACCAGCCUUGGCUUUUAUCAUUUGCCCAACUUGGCAGAAAGGAUGGACUGUGACUUUUCCACCUCUGUGUCUUGGCUUGGAGUAGGUGCCCUGGGGAAAGGAUGCUGCAUGUAUUGCUCUGAGGCUCCUUAACUUGUAUCUGCUAGUCCUUGAUUUUUUGUUCUUUCCUCCCAGAACUUAGCAGGAGCUCUAGGGUUCUCAGCCCUUCGAUCCCGGCUGCCUGUCAGAGUCACCUGGGGAGCUUUUAAAAAAUGCUGAUGCCCAAGUUCAGUCCCAAUUAAAGCAGAAUGUCUGGGGUGGAGUGGAAGCACCAGUAUGAUCUCCCAGGCCCCCAGUGAUGCUGAUGCUGCUCAGCUGAGAACCACGGCUGUCGGGACGCCUCGGGGCCCACCUAGGCUUUCAUUGUCACCGCCAGAAAUGCCAUACAGCCUUUCAGGCCACACUCAGUCUAGAAAAAUGUUCUUUUCUUGAAAUGGAGCAGGAGAAUCUGCCAGUUUUUUGAGCCUUUAGCAUUCCAGAGGCCACGGCAUGGCUUCUAAAAGGCAUUCCACCCCUCCUGGCUUCUGUAUUUACAUAAAUACGUAAAAAGACAAUUAGGAUCCAGAUGAGUCAUAAAAGAAGCAGUAGAACUAUGCUUAAUAAGUUCUGGGAAAGUCAGGCCAGAAAGCAGUGCUUUAAGGAUGACCCUUGAGCAACUGCGGAGAGACUGAGAGCCACCUCUGUGGUUUCAGGCAGGAAGUAUCCAGCAGAGAAAACCGUGAAGACCAGAACUGAAUCAAUAAGAUCCAUCAUGACUGUGACCCCUGAACCACACCUUCAGAAGCACUCCUCUCUGUUUUUAUGACCAAAAAACAUAUGGGGUUGAACUCUGCCAGGACCCUUUUGCUUUCCUUCCCUAAAACAAAGGCAGCUUGGUACAUUUCCAUAGCUCUAAGCACCUUCUAUCUUCUUGUUACUUGAAAGGACCAGGCCUCUCCUCUGCCUCUCACCAGUGUGUGCAUGCAUGCAUGCAUGCAUGUGUACAUGCAUACAGAGGUACAUACAUGUACACACAACACAGAGCAUGCAGUCUGCUUAGAGGAAUUUAUUUCUUCGUGAAGGGAGGCAUUAAGACAAUGGAGGGAAAAGUUCUUGCCUUGGUCUUGUGGUUCUCAAAUUUUGUUGCUGAUUAGAAUCACCUGGAAAAAUCCUAAUGCCGAGGACUUCUGGUUCCACCAAGAGGGAUUUUAUAGCCACUCUACUCAUAGUUGCUCCAAACUGGAAGCAACUGAGAUGUCCUUAAAUAGGCUAAUGGAUAAACUGUGGUACAUCUGUACAAUGGAACAUUAUUCAGCAAUAAAAAAUUAUUAUUAGUUCAUAAUAAUGUCAGUAUUGGUUAAUUAUAACAAAUGUGCAACACUACUGCACGAUGUCAAUGGUGGAAAUAAUGGAAGACCUGUCUGGGUAGGUGGGGGUGAUAUGUGGAAACUUUCUACACUAUCUGCUCAUGUAAAUCUAAAACUUAAAAAAAAUAAAAUCUACUAAACAAC